AUGAACCCUUCCUCCGCCGCAGCUGACCAGUCCGCCGUCGAGGGCCCCGAGCUCAGCUACGAGUCGGGCAAGACCCUCAUGGCCCAAGGCCCGCAGGCUCUGCACGAACUCAUGGCCACCAAGAUCCACGCGGCAAUGGGCCGCCCCCUGCCGGAGAUGGAGGUGCGCUUCAGCAACCUGUCGCUGUCCGCCGACAUCGUCGUGGCCGACGACCACGCCACCAAGUACGAGCUGCCGACCAUCCCGAACGAGCUCAAGAAGACGCUCAUGGGCCCCAAGAAGCUCACGGUGCGCAAGGAGAUCCUCAAGAACGUGAGUGGCCGCUUCGCGCCGGGCAAGAUCACGCUGCUGCUGGGUCAACCGGGCUCCGGCAAGUCGGCUCUUAUGAAGGUCCUCAGUGGCCGCUUCCCCAUGGCGAAGAACAUCACCAUGGAGGGCGACGUGUCGUUCAACAGUGUGGCCCACAAGCAGAUCGUCGAUAAGCUGCCGCAGUUCGUGUCGUACGUGAACCAGCGUGACAAGCACUUCCCGACGCUGACCGUCAAGGAGACGCUCGAGUUCGCCCACACCUUCUGCGGUGGUAAGCUGCUGGAGCAUGGCAAGGGCAUGCUGGACAUGGGUGCGCAGCACACCAGCGACCAGGAGGCUCUUGAAGCCACCAAGAGGAUCUUCGCUCACUACCCGGAGGUUGUGAUCCAGCAGCUGGGACUGCAGAUCUGCCAGGACACUGUCGUGGGCGACAACAUGCUGCGCGGUGUGUCUGGAGGUGAGCGUAAGCGCGUUACGACUGGUGAAAUGGAGUUCGGUAUGAAGUACGUGUCGCUCAUGGACGAGAUCAGCACGGGCCUCGACAGUGCCGCCACGUACGACAUCAUCAACACGCAGCGCAGUGUGGCCCACCGACUCCGCAAGACGGUGGUCAUUGCCUUGCUGCAGCCGUCCCCGGAGGUGUUUUCGCUGUUCGACGACGUCAUGAUCCUGAACGAGGGCGAGCUCAUGUACCACGGACCUUGCAGUCAGGUGGAGGAAUACUUCGAGACGCUGGGCUUCAAGUGUCCCCCGGGACGCGACAUCGCCGACUACCUGCUGGACCUGGGUACGAAGCAGCAGCACCGCUACGAGGUUUCCCACCCGACCAAGCAGCCCCGCAGCCCGAGGGAGUUCGCGGAGUGCUUCGGCCAGUCUCGGAUCUACCGCAACACGCUGGCUGCACUGGAGGCGCCGUAUGACCCGAAGCUGGUCGCGAGUGUGAAGGACAUCAUCGACCCCAUGCCGACUUUCCACCAGUCUGUAUUUGCCAGUGUGCUGGCGCUUCAGUGGCGCGCGCUGCUCAUCACGUACCGUAACAAGGCGUUCGUCAUGGGGCGACUGAUGAUGGUGAUCAUCAUGGGCUUGAUCUACUGCUCCAUCUUCUACCAGUUCGACCCGACGCAGAUCUCCGUGGUCAUGGGAGUGAUCUUCGCCACUGUCAUGUUCCUCUCCAUGGGCCAAGGCUCGAUGAUCCCGGUCUACAUUGCUGGGCGAGACAUUUUCUACAAGCACCGCCGGGCCAACUUUUUCCGAACGGGGUCCUACGUUCUAGCGACGACUGUGAGCCAGAUCCCGUUGGCGCUGGCCGAGACCAUCAUCUUCGGGUCGAUCGUCUAUUGGGUCUGCGGGUUCGCGUCCGAUGUGAAGCUGUUCAUCAUCUUCGAGGUCGUACUGUUCGUGUCGAACCUGGCCAUGGGCAUGUGGUUCUUCUUCCUCGCUGGAGCGCUGCCCGACGCCAACGUGGUGAUGCCGGUGGGCAUGGUCUCGAUCCUCGUGUUCAUCAUCUUCGCGGGCUUCAUCGUGACCAAGAGCCAAAUUCCCGACUACCUCAUCUGGGCGCAUUGGAUUAGCCCAAUUGCGUGGGCUCUCAAGGCGCUGGCCAUCAACCAGUACCGCUCCAGCGACUUCGACGUGUGCGUGUACGACGGCGUGGACUACUGCGCCAAGUACGACGGUCUUAACAUGGGCGAGUACUACCUGAAUUUGUUCGGUAUCGCCACGGAGAAGGAGUGGGUCGCGUACGCCAUCAUCUACUUACUGGCCGUGUACGUCUUCUUCAUGUUCCUGUCGUACCUGGCGAUGGAGUACAUCCGCUACGAAACUCCUGACAACGUCGAUGUGUCGGACAAGUCGGCCGAGCUUGAGAACUCGUACGUACUCGCCGAAACACCGAAGGGUGCAAAACGUGGUGCCGACGCGGUCGUUGAUCUUCCCGUUCACACGCGUGAGAAGAACUUCGUACCGGUGACUGUGGCGUUCCAGGAUUUGCACUACUGGGUGCCGGACCCUCACAACCCGAAGGAGCAACUCGAGCUGCUCAAGGGCAUCAACGGUUUUGCUGUCCCCGGUUCGAUCACUGCGCUGAUGGGCUCUACUGGUGCCGGUAAGACGACGCUAAUGGACGUGAUCGCCGGCCGCAAGACUGGUGGCAAGAUCACGGGCAGGAUCAUGCUGAACGGCUAUGAGGCGACUGACCUGGCCAUUCGCCGCUGCACGGGCUACUGUGAGCAGAUGGACGUGCACUCGGAGGCGGCCACGAUUCGCGAGGCCUUGACUUUCAGCUCUUUCCUGCGCCAGGAUGCAUCGAUCUCGGACGCCAAGAAGUACGACUCCGUGGACGAAUGCAUCGAACUGCUCGGACUUGAAGACAUCGCAGACCAGAUCAUCCGCGGCAGCUCCGUGGAGCAGAUGAAGCGACUGACGAUCGGUGUGGAGCUUGCUGCUCAGCCGAGUGUGAUUUUCCUGGACGAGCCGACGAGUGGCCUGGACGCGCGUUCGGCCAAGAUCAUCAUGGACGGUGUCCGUAAGGUGGCCGACUCGGGUCGUACGAUUAUCUGUACCAUUCACCAGCCCUCGGCUGAGGUGUUCUACCUGUUCGACAGACUGUUGCUGCUGCAGCGCGGUGGCCAGACCGCGUUCUACGGUGACUUGGGUGAGGACUGCCGCAACUUGAUCGACUACUUCGAGAACAUCCCCGGCGUGGCCCCGCUUCCAGUCGGAUAUAACCCCGCGACGUGGAUGCUGGAGUGCAUUGGCGCCGGUGUGGGCCACGGAUCCAAGGACUCGAUGGACUUCGUGAGCUACUUCAAGAACAGUCCGUACAACCAGCAACUGGAGACGACGAUGGCGAAGGAAGGCAUCACUACCCCGUCCCCAGACCUCCCGGAGAUCGUCUUCGGCAAGAAGCGUGCGGCCAGCUCCAUGACGCAGAUGAAGUUCGUCGUGUGGCGGUUCUUCCAGAUGUACUGGCGAACACCGAGCUACAACCUCACGCGCAUGUACCUGGCCAUCUUCUUGGCGUUGCUCUUCGGCCUGAUCUUCGUCGGCAACGACGACUACGCGUCGUACUCGGGCCUGAACUCGGGCGUCGGCAUGGUCUUCAUGUCUUCGUUCUUCAGCUCGAUGGCCGUGUUCCAGAGCGUGAUGCCUCUCACGUGCGCCGAGCGCCAGUCUUUUUACCGUGAGCGCGCAAGUCAGACUUUCAAUGCGUUCUGGUACUUCAUGGCCUCGACGCUGGCGGAGAUCCCGUACUGCUUCGUCAGCUCGCUGCUGUUCACCGUCGUUUUCUACUGGUUCGUGGGCUUCACGGGGUUCUGGACGGCUGUGGUGUUUUGGCUCGAGUCCGCUCUGCUGGUGCUGAUGUUCGUGUACUUGGGCCAGUUCUUCGCGUACGCCAUGCCGUCGGAGGAGGUCGCUCAGAUCACCGGCAUCCUCUUCAACUCGAUCUUCAUGAUGUUCAUCGGCUUCAGCCCUCCGGCCUACGCGAUCCCGUCGGGCUACACGUGGCUGUACGACAUCUGCCCCUUCAAGUUCCCCAUCGCCAACCUCAUCGCGCUCGUGUUCGCCGACUGCGACGAGCUGCCGACGUGGAACGAGGCCACCCAGUCGUACGAGAACGUGGGCUCGCAGCUCGGCUGCCAGCCGAUGGCCGACGCUCCGGAGACCGUGGGCCACAUCACCAUCAAGGAGUACACGGAGGAGUACUUCGGCAUGAAGCACCACCAGAUCGCGCGCAACUUCGGCAUCACGCUCGGCAUCAUCGUGCUGUUCCGCAUCUGGGCCGCGCUGGCGUUGCGCUUCAUCAACCACCAGAAAAAGUGA